UACAGCCACGUUUCUGCUAUCAACAACAACAACAACGAGAACAACAACUAAAAUCGCAUCAUGGACGAUGGUGCCACAGCAUCGGCGACCAAGAAGAGCAGCACCACCCUCUCGGUGGAUCGAGCCGCUUUUCUCCUGCUGCGAGUCAAGAAGGCGUUCAAGAAGAAGCGACAGCAACGCAAGGAGCGACAGGCACAACAGAGCGGCGCCGGUGCGGCUGGCUGCAUUGGGGGCAGUGGCGCCCAAUCACGCUGUGGCAGUCGCAAAUUGCCGCCGCCAUUGUUACGGUCGCGCACACUGCCCGCCAUCAUUUUGCCAGGACUUCCGGCCGUCUCGCUGCACACGGAUAAACAAACAUUUCACUGGGAUGAACGGCUUUUAGGAUGCAAAAGCCGCAGCGGCAGCGCCAGCGGCCAUCGUUGGUCUCUGCUCACACGUGGCGGAGGCGGAGGUGGCAGUGGGAGUGGCAGCGGCAGCGGUGCCAACAGCAGCAGUCACAACAACAACAACAGCAAUCUUACCAACAACAACAAUAACACACUAAUGGUAAAGUCAUUGAAUUUGCCCAAAGAUGAUUGCACAUUGAUCUACAGGCGAAAAUCGUCGGGCAGCUCGCCCCAUCAACAGGCGCACGCACAUGCGGCUAUGCAACAGCAUGUGGCACACAAUCAUCUCCACUUGUAUCAGCAACAUGUUGCAGAUAGUUCACUCUAUCAGCUAUCCGACGAUUUCGAGUGUCAUGCCGAUGGUUCGCUGCUUCUCAGAAUACCCGCUCCGCAGGCAGCACCGUCGCGUGGAUAUCCAUAUCGUUUGGCUGGCAAGAAACGUGCCACAGCAAGCUCGGAGGCAACAACGCCGCUGUCAAGGGAGCAUCAGCACCCGCUGCAUGAUUUCGCUUUGGCCGAGGGCGGCUGUGGUGGAGUCGCCUCUGGGGCCUAUGCGGCAACAUCGACAUCGGCGGCAACAACGUCGGCGACGACCUUCACACGCCUGGCCAAAUUGCUGCAUCAAUCAAGCGCCAUUACAGCCAGAUCCAAUCUACAGCCGCCGCUGCCGCAUGGCGGCGACAUGGAGGCACAAACCUCGGGUAAACGCAACACAAGCGGCAUGGAACUUGGUCUCGGGCUGGGCGACGAGGCGCCACGUCGUCUGUCCUGGGAAAGGCGCAAGGAUAGCAGCGCAUUGCAACGUUCAGCGAGCAUUGAUUCCUUUGCCGAGAUUGUGUUUUGUGACCUGCCGCGUCCCUCAUUGGACAUACCUCGAAAUGCAGGAACAGCAACGGGAACAGCGACAACGACACCAACGCCUUUCAGCAAAAGGCCCUCGGCGAGCAGCCUGUAUUCAACGUGCAGCAGCAUUGCGGCAGCAACGGCGGCAGCUGCCACCUCGUCGCAGUUGCACGCUCAGUUGAAUGUCAAUUAUGGUGACCUGGGCAUCGGAGGAGCAACUGGCCACCAUCAUCACCAUCAGCAUCAGCAUCAUCAUCAUCACGGUGGCAACGGCAGCAGCAGCAGCGCCAGCAGCAGCCGACGCGAGUCUAUGCUGAGUCCAUCGUCAACGCGACGCAAUAAGCUGACCAGAAUCAUUAAUGCGCUCUUUUCGGCCGUGGAGAAUGGACAUCUGGACAAGGCACGCACCAUACUGGAGUCCACGGAUGUCGAUGUCAAUAGCAUCAAUACGGAUGGACUCUCGGCACUGGAUGUGGCGGUGCUCAGCAAUAAUCGCUCCAUGACCAAGAUGCUCUUGCAGCAUGGCGCUCUCGAGGGCUCUCAGUUUUCCGUGGAAAGCAUUGGCACUAAGCUGAAUGGUCUGCUCAAAGAUGCCGAGUCACGUAUACAUGAUCUCAGCGGACCGGAGGGACUAUGUCCACCCGUCUUCCAAUCGCGUCCAUCGAUAUCCAGCAUCAUAAUUGGCAAUACGGGUUCCUCGGUCACCGGUUGUACUGGCAACGAGGUGGAUAAGCAGAUUGGCAUUUGGGAGCGUCGGGUGAAGGGUCUGCGUCGCAUGCUCCUCGGCUGGGAUCAGGCGAGGCCACCAGAUGCGCCUGCUUCCGUGGUGGUCGAUGUCACCGGUGACAAUUCCAUCAGCUUGCAAAUACUAGAACCAUUCGAGGGCGCCAUCGGAACUAAAUUCAAAGGUAAAACCACUUGCAAAUCCCAUUCUCAUGCGUUUUCGCAUUCGCAUUCCCAUGGCCAUGACCAGCGGAUGUGCAUAUGCCUGAGGUCAACCACAGAUUUGCGGUUGCCUAGGGUUGGUUUGGGGAUUUUGGCUUGCUUUGAUUUGACGUUUCGCUUGUUAACCGCAGUUCAAUGGUCAACACGCGCGGACUUCAACAAUGUGGUCGGCGAGCGGGAGCUGCUCGAUUGGAUUAGCUUCCAUGGCACCAUGGGUGCGCAGUGCAACAUCUCUGGCCUCACUCAGGGACGGCGUUACUUCCUCCGCGCUGCAUGCGGCAAUGUCAAGGGCUGGGGCAACUAUCUAAACUCUGUGCCCGCCAGCGUUGCACCCUCAACCUGGCGCGAUUUGGAUAACCGCGAAGAUCGCUUCUUUGGUCGCCAACGCAUUUUGGACAACUUGUUUACCGCCGUGCGGUUGGCGCGUCCUGCAGAUGUCUCCGAGCUCACAUUGGAUCCAGGCAGCGUACAGCGAAGGAAUCCCAAAAAGAAAACCACCAUCAAACAGCUAUUUUCAGUGACCUCCAAAUUUCAAAAGACGCUGCGACGUGGCAUCUACUUCGCCUGCAUUGUGCACUGCGAUGACAAGGUGCUGGUGACCAGUGAGGACUUUCCGCCCGUCAUUGAGAUAGACGAAUCGUAUCCGAGUGCGCUGCACAUCGACUACUACUGGCUGAUGAAGGUUGCCUGCACGUGGGAGGAUGUCAAAUCGCUGCGCUCGGAUAUGGAACGCAAUCUCACCUCGCCGGUGCACUUUCGCACCAAACUGCUGUCGGCCGUCUGUCAAAUGCAAUCCGCGCUGGGCAUCACCGAUCUGGGGCAGCUGUACUAUAAACCAUUGCGCGAUGCGCAAGGAACUGUGGUGUUGACUUGCGUGCAGUCGGUGAAGAGCCAGAAGACGGUUUCCAUACUCAACUCACGCUGGCUGCCGGUUAGCAAACUGCAGAAGAAACUCGGUGCACUCCACGAGGAUUACAAUAUUAAUGAGCUGUUGAUCUCUAGCAUCGGCGAUCAGCUGUAUUAUCAACAGGCAGCUCUGCAACGCCUCGAACCGGGUCUCUAUUUGGGUUACCUAAAGAUGCAGGCCUCAAUGGAUCAAAUACAGAUCGUUGUGCCUGUGAAGACGCCCAAUGUGCUGCCCCACUGCAAGGUGCGUGAGAACAGUCACAUCACAGCCGAGGAAUGGCAGGCGUUGCAUCGCAGUGACAGCGAUCCGAUGCGUUUGCGGCUGGACUUUAGUGCACCCGGCGAUGGGAAUGGGAACAAUGCUGCGACCGAGGUGCAGAGUCUGUUUCUGAUCGAUCUCAGCAAUGCAAUGCAUCGACUCUUUGCCAGCAUGAACAUCAAGCCAGCCGAUGCGGCCACACAUCGUCUCUACGACGUUGAGGUGAUCGAACACAGUCGCGACAUUAGCUUCCUCAUCGUGUGUCCCUCUGUGGAGGCUUCAUGCGCAGUGCCCGGACAGUCAGAGUUGCUACUGCAGCGCGAUGAUCUGGCCAGCCUCAGUAUUCAGGCCUUCGAGAUGAUUCACCUGCGCACCUAUCAGCCAGCGAUUGUGCAGAAGUAUGCGCGUCUCUCGUGCAUUCUGGAGCUGGACACGGCGAUGGCAACGCAUUCACAUCGCGAGGCUUUCUCCAGCAGCGAGCUACAGGCGGCCAAGGAGCGAUUGGCAACACUGCAGGAUCUGAGCGCCAAUUUGACGCUGGUGUGGAAGAGCGUUCGCUGGCUCAUGGAUGUGGUGGCCUACGCAAGGAAUAAGCAUGCUCAAUCUUCGCUGCCCAUGCGCGACAUUCUCGAGUUUGCGCAUGUGCGUGGCGACGAAACAACGGGCAAACAGCUGCUGCAGUUGCCGCUGCGCGAGUCCAAGUUCAACAAGACGGGACGUGGCAGCUGGCCGGGACCAGGAGCGAAUGAUGAGGCCGAGCGUCAGGGCAAGCCGGAGCACUCAAAGUCCGAGACGAAUCUGGGACAUAGUGUGCUAACGCCUGUGGCUGUGGAUGCUGUCGACAAGCAGUCAACACAACAUCAGCAACAGCAAACGCAGCAGCAACAACAGCAGCAGCCACAACAGCAACACCAACAACAGCAGCAACAACAGUUGCUGCAAGUGAGCAGCAAUGAGUAUGCGGCAUCCACCAGCUCUGAGGUUUCGUUGCGCAAAAACAGCGGCGACUCUGUGAGCUCCGCCUACACAGCACGCAGUUUCUACUCCGCCGCCGACUCCGCUUCCGACGGCAGCAGCAGCGUCUUUGCUUUGCCCCCCUCGCGUUCCGACGACACCUUGGCCGAGGCGCUGCGCCAUCCGGCGUCGGCCACAGCGCAACGCAAGCGCACCAGCUCCAACAUUGGUCCCAUUCCCACGCCUCUGAUCACUGUGCACAGCUCCAGCUCGGCGCCUUAUUUGGGAGGCUCGAGUGUUUCGUUGCGCACGGGCAGCGGCGCCUUUGCCACCGACUUGGAGCACAAACCGUUGAAGCCUGCUGCCGAGUACAAAGUGAAGGCUGCAUCGAGUGCGAAUCUACGCGAAGGUGGACUCUAUUUGAAGAGCUCGCUCUCUGCGCUGCAGCCAGAGCUAAAGCCCGUGGGCAGUGAGGAACCGAUUGCCAGCACCUCGAAGGCAUCGUCGACCAAGAGUCUGGUGCAUCAGAGCAGCGAAGAGGACACGGCCAGCUGUUCCAGCCUGAAUGCCGAGCAGAGCUCGACGGGUGCGGGCAUCAUCCAAGUGUACACCGCCUACAACACGGGCUUGGCCAGCGGCACCAGCCUCAAGCUGCAUGUGACCCCGAAGACAACGGCACGCGAGGUCAUCAAUCUGGUCGUGAAGCAGCUCAACAUGGCAGCGGUGCUGAAGGGCAGCAAGGGACCCAUCUACAGCGCCGAUAUGCUGGACAAUUUCUGCCUGGUCGCAGUGAUUGGAGCCCGAGAGCGUUGUCUGCGCGAUGACUUUAAGCCGCUGCAGCUGCAGAGUCCCUGGAAGAAGGGGCGUCUCUAUGUGCGGCAGAAGCACGAGCUACUCGCAGCCAUUGAGCACUCGAAUCGCAAAUCGCAUUUGAUCUAAAUGUGUAGUAUAUAAGUCAAUCACACCCACAGCCACACACACACUCUUACACAUGGACAGACUUGUAUUGUUGUUGGAUUUCUUUAGUUGUUUCUUCCCAGACAAAGUUCGACGACCAAUUCCCCAAAUUAGACUGAAUUUCAUACAUUGCGUUAUAUGUAUGCAAAAUGACAACAAAUUAUGCAUUAUGAAAAUGGUAUUAUUAUAUAUUUUGAAUAUUUUUACAUCAUACACACACACACACUACACACACACACAUAUAUGAUGUACAUAUAGCACAUAAAGAAUGAUGAAUUGUUGUUAGUUUUUCUAGAAGAUGAUGAUGAUGGCUUGAUUUAAGUGCAACCGAUUACACCAAUAUAUGAUAUAUAUAUAUAAUAAAACACUAUAUAUACAUAGCUAACUAGAUGUAUAUGUGUAUGUAUUUUUAUCGUACUAUGAUGUAUUUUUGUAGUUUAGUAAACAAGAACAAAAUGUUUUGAUUGUAUUUUUGUGGCAUUUUUAGGCGCACGGAUUUUUUAUUACCAUAAAUAUAUAAAUUAUUGUAUUACAACAAUGUGUAUUAACGGUCGCUACUGUUAAAUAUCAAGAAUUGCAAGACAAGCAACCAGAAUUAAGUAUUAUUGAACAAAUGUCAAUAAACAACGUUUUAAAGUGUAAUAACCCUCUCUCUAUCUCACUCACUCACUCACUCUAUCUCUCACUCUCUCUCUCUCUUGAUGUGUGUAUGUGUUCGUUAAUGAUAACUAUUCCAUUCGGAGUGCACAAAAAGAAAAACAUACAUAUGUAUUUUAGCUGUAAACAAAUAAACUAUGAACUAUUAAAGUUACAAAAUAUUUACAAAAACAAAAACAAAGUGUUGAAGAAGAAAAAAUGAUAUUAUAUUAUAGAUUAGACUAUCUAUCAAAGCGCCGCAAACUAGUCCAGAUGAUUUUCUGUAUCGAUCUUUUAUAUUUUUGUUGCUUGUCUUCUGCAUGUCCUUCUUCCUCAUUUAAAGCACCUCCAUCCAUAUAUGAUAGAAGUAUUUGUAUUUUGUGUGAGUUUCCCAUUAACUUUACCUAUCUAAAUGUGACAAGUUAGUUGAUGUCUAGAACUAAUUAAACAUAUUAAAAAUAGAUGUACAUGUAAAUUAGCUGCAGUUCUUCAAGUCUAUGUCUUUACUGUACAAAAAAAAUGGUAGUUGAACAAAACGUUAAAUGUUUCCUCUCGGUUCAAUAUGAUAACUACACUUACAACUGUAACAUCUAACAUUAUAUUUUAUUGAACUUUGAAAUUGACGGCAACCUCAUCAUGAGUCCAUAAAAUAAAAAUGAUAAACGUAAUAAUCGCAUCUCUGUUCAGAGACUAAGACCAAAACAAUGUUUUUUGUAAAUAUUUAUUCAUUUUGAAUGGCUAAACAAUUUUGAUAAAGUUUUUUAUUAUGCGUUCAACAACAGUCAGUCAAGGAUCAGCAACGAAAAUAGCUAGGAA